AUGGUUGCGCCGCAUGACGGGCCCGACUGGAUGUGUUUGGCAUCGGGAGAUGAGAGCAACUGCUUACUCAAGCGCAUCGAGGACUUGCAGACUUACAACAGGCAGAUGGGCCGCUUGGAGGAGGUGAGGCUGAUUCGGCUGCAGCAUGCCAAGCAAAAGAUCCUGCAGAGGCGGCUCAGUGAUGACGUGAGCGUGCUGAGCUUCGCCUGCACGCCCUCCUGCAGUUCCACCGCGCCGCAGGCUCUUUCACCAAGUGACAAGUCCAACAGGUCCGACCCAGAUGCCAUUGCCAAAUGGGCGAAGCGGUCCGAGAGGAAGGCGAGCGAAGAACAUGCAGUCGCCGAGCACAGGCUCAGGGAGGCUGCGGAAAGCCGACUCCGAAAUUUAAUGAACGAGGAACUGCGGGAAGCCGCGCAGCACGGCAGUCGCCGGGAGGAGGCUUCCGGAAGGGAGGCACCGGAUUCCCCGGUCGAGCCAAUGCCGAACAGCUUCUCCAGCGUCACGGAAACAUUGGCAUCACCGGUGAAGAAGCUCAUCGAAGAUGCCGCGGCCGGAAGAGAGGCGGAUGCCCAGAGCUACAAGGAGGAGUUUCAGCACUGGGCGGCGGAGUUGGAAGAGAGGGCCACGCUGUACUUCACGGCUGAGCUCAACAUGGCUGCGGUGGUGCGAGAAGAGGAGUCACGGGAGCAGGAGGCUUUGUGCAUGGCGCUGCGCUCUGAGCACGCGGAGGUGGGUGGGGCCAUGCGCCAGCGCAUGGAAGAAGCCAGCCAUGACAUCCGACAAAGAGCAAAGCGCAAAGUGGUGAUCGCUAGAAAGAAAUGCCAGCUGGAGCUGAAAAAGCUGCGUGUAGAGGAGGCCAACGAAGCAGCCACGGCGGAGGCGCAGGAGCAGGAGGCGAGCAUGGAGGAGGAGGUGCUCCGGGAGAAGCUGCGGCAGGCGGAGCAGGCCCUCUUGCAAGCGGAGGAGCAGGAAGAGGAGCAGUUGAAGCUGGUGAGGGCGUCCGGCGAAGAGGAGCUGGCCCAAAUGGCUUCCCAACUUGAAGAGGAGGCUGCCCGCAAGGUGGGGGAGCUGGGGGAAGCUUAUCGCAGCCAGGAGGAGCUUCUGGCCAAGCGUGAGCAUCAGAGCUCCAUUGCACAGAGCGCUGCGAUGAACAAAGCCUGGCGCCAACGUUUGGAGGACGCCGAGGCAGCUGCCGCCAAAGCGCGGGCACAGCUACAGGUUGCAUCCGAAGCAGAGUCACGGCUACAGUGCACCCAAUUGCAGCUGGAGCUUGGGGAGUCGUGGCCUGCAGGACUGUCCGGAAGUGCUGGCAGCUCGGAAUGUUUGGGUGAUUUCUCGGAGGUCGAUGCCCAGGCUGACAGCUUCCUCCGGCAAGCUGAGUGGAUGGGCAGCCCAGAGCCAAGCGCCGUACAUGCGUCAGCUGCAAGCUCGUUCGACGGAGGUCAGCCCGAUUUGCCCUUGGUCUACGCAGCUGCCCUGGAAGGCAUCGAGACUCAUGGCUGGAGUGCAGUGUACCCCGCUGAUGACCCGCCGGCAUGGACGAUCCUGCACUGGGCAGCAAUGGAAGGACGUUUGGAUGUUUGUCAUCGGCUCUUGGCUGCACGCGCUGAUCCUAUGUGCGAGGACGAGCGUGGCUGGACUCCAGUCGACUGCGCGAAUGAAGCUGGCGAGCAGGAGGUUGCCAUGCGACUUCGUGGCCCGAAGCUGGAGACGAUGCCCGCCAGAGAGGCGAAGGAGCCGCUGAGCGUCCCUCCGGCCAUUGCUGCCACCGUCGCAGCAGUGGAGAGUUACGGGUGGCAGGCCGUGCACGGGGGCCGCCGUGAAUGGACCGCUCUCCACUGGGCUGCCGCGGAAGGGCGCCACGUGCUCUGCGAGCGCCUGCUGCAGCAAAAUGCCGAUCCGGCGCAAGUAGAUGAGAUGGGCAAGAGCGCCAUGGACUAUGCUCAAGAAGCCGGCCAUCAAAGUACAUGGCUGCUGCUCUGGCAAGCUCAGCAAGAGCAUUCAUCGCCGAGCAAGCGGUUUUUGCAGCAGGUGCCGUCGCCUGGUCCGCUGGCCUACCCGCAGUCGCUCCUCGUGCCAUCCCAGCCAUGA